AUCCCGGCGGGAGCGGGCGGUGGGAUGGCGGCGGCGGCCGGAGCGGGAGAGGGGGCUGCAGCCGAGCUGCCGGGCGCCUUCCCCGGCGCGGACAGCGGGAACGUGUCCCAGAGCCACAGCAGCGCCUCCGGCCUCGGGGAGCCGGAGGACGAGGACGCCUCGGAGGCGUCGCUGAGCGCCACCGCCGCCGCCUACUCCGCGUACCUGCUCGCCGACCGCAGCCUCUUCAGCGAGCAGAUAGAAAGCUUAGACAAGAGUCUAGAAGACUUACUGACCAGAGUGGACGAAUUCGUGGGAAUGCUGGACAUGAUUCGAAGUGAUUCCUCUCAAGUUGUCAAUGAAAGUAUACCUCAAAUUUACACAAAAGCUAUAGAAAUGAGGCAGAUAUAUAGGAAGAUUGACAAACUAGAGGCUUUUGUGAAAAUGAUUGGAAAUAGCGUAGCUGGACUGGAAGAACGGGUCAUAAAGGCAGAAACAGACCUUGGAGCUUUUCCCAGCACAUUCAAGAAAAUCUUGCACACAAUCAGCAUACCAUCCUUCCUUAAUAAAUCGUCUUCCUCGCGACAACAACAGACGCUCUAUGAACCUCCAGUCCUCUUCAAGACUGAAGACUAUUUUCCGUGUCUCAAUGAAGCACCUUAUUGAUGAUUUUUUGCUUUGGGAUUGAUAUGAAUCAGCCAGAAUAGAGACAGCCAAGUGAACAAAAGAAAUGCUAACCUCAAAACAGCUGCAUUUCUGAGCACUAUUGAUGACAUAUUGCCAUUCUGAUUCUCAUUGUCUUCCUUCAGGCAGUAUUUCCAGGUAAUCUUUGUUUGUGUUCAUUAUUUCAAAAAUCUUCCUAAAACACCAUAUAAAUUUUCAGAUUAUUUUGGGGAGGGAAUUUAAGAAUACUUUGCCAUUUAAUUUUUUUUUUAAUAGGGAAAUAAUAGGAAACAUACUUUUAUAUAUAAAUCUUUUAACACGUAAAUGUUCGUGCUGCUGCAAGUGUAAAUAGCUAUACUACAAGGAUGGUUGUUAUUUUGGGGUUUUUUCCUAAUGUAAUAAUGGAGGUGGAAGAAAAACUAUGCAUAAAACCAUCUACUCCAAGGUUUGAAGCCUGGUCCCUGCAGUUUGUACAGAGAAAUGCACCACAUUGGGGUGUACUAUUUGCAAGGGGAGGAAGGGAUAGAUCAGCAAGGACACAACUGGAUGAACAUGAUCUAGUCCCAGGUCACAAAGCAAACAUCCUGCUCCCGCUGACGAUCCUCAGGUCACAGUGACUCAAGCCUCUAAUUAGAGCACCAUUGAAUUGUUUGAUGUAUAACCAGGUGGAUGUGAGAUAGAUACAUCUGUAUCUAUAGAUACAUAUAAGACGAACAUGCUGAAAAGCUGAGGCAGGGCUGUCCCUGACUGAGCCUCAAUCAGGCACCUCACCAGACUGUUUUCUUUUCCCUCACAACUCUCCAUGUGGUUACUGGGACUUGCUGAUUGCAAUUUAUGUUGUCAAUAAACUAAUAGCUAUCUAA